AUGGCUGGUCCAGUACGCCAACCGAUAGACCUCCCAGCGCUGGAGAAGUACAUUGACCAACAUGUCCCUGAAAUCAAGACCCCAUUAGAUCUGAAGCAGUUCGGCUUCGGUCAAAGCAAUCCCACAUAUCAAGUCACAGCCGCGAAUGGGAAUCGCUAUGUGAUGCGAAAGAAGCCGCCGGGCAAGAUAUUGUCCAGCACUGCGCAUCGAGUCGAUCGGGAGUACAGAAUAAUUCAUGCCCUUGAACAUACGCCAGUCCCCGUACCGAAGACCUACCAUCUAUGUCUCGAUGCAAAAGUAGUUGGCACGGAAUGGUACGUGAUGGAGUUCAUAAAUGGAAGAUUCAUCACGGACCCGGAUAUACCGAAUGUCUCUCCAGAAGAUAGAACUGAGAUGUGGCACGACGCGGUCCGAACGCUCGCUAAAUUCCACAACGUCAAUUACAACGACGUCGGUUUGCGCGACUAUGGUAAGCAUUUCGGGUUCUACGAUCGUCAGAUCAAGACGUUUGGAACACUGUCCAGGGCACAGGCAGCUGCUGUGGAUGUAGACACGAAAGAACCUGUUGGUGAUUUGCCUCAUUUUCAAGAAUUCUGUGACUUCUUUAGUGAUAAGUCCAAACAACCUAAGGAUCGGUCAACCUUAAUUCAUGGUGAUUUCAAAAUCGACAAUGUCGUGUUCCAUCCUACACUACCCAAGGUCGUCGCGAUACUUGACUGGGAGAUGUCGACGAUAGGACAUCCUCUGAGCGACUUUGUGAAUCUUGUCGGCCCCUAUACAUGGUCGAUGGGAGAGGCCAAAUUACAGGGCGGCACAGGGACCACACGCGCGAGGCCGGAAUUCGAACCUGGUGCAACACCAGGGCUUCCGAGAUUAGAGCAGUUGGUCGAGUGGUACAAAGAGGAAACAGGUUAUGAUCUUGCGCAAGAUCUGACCUGGGGAAGUGCAUUUUCUGGUUUUCGCGGAGCUAUCAUUAUGCAAGGCAUAGCAGCGAGAUAUGCUCAACGGCAGGCAAGCUCCAGCAAGGCGAUGGAGUACGGCAGCCAGAUGCGACCGUAUGCUAUAUGGGCAUGGUCAUGCGUUGAAAGUAUUAAAAAUAGCACGAGCAAGUCAAAGCUGUAA